UAGAAAUAGCUGGCAACGCUGCUGGGUAAAUAGCCACAAGUUGUAUAAUUUGUGUAGGUGCUUGAAGAGCCCAACAAAUUUGUCUUCAGUUGCAAAUAUUAUAAGAGAAUAUGAGUAUAGUACACACUCUGAGUAAUCUGCGAUCAUGGGCGGCAAACAAAAAGCUAUAUAAAGGAGAACGCUUUACAAGUUAUUUUAAAGGCGGUGAACCACCGAAUGUUAAGAGAGUGAUUGUGAAAUUAAUACAAAUAAGAAUAGUAAUCAAAAUUAAUGAAAAAUGCGUGAAUCUUUCAUAUUCAUACUACUUGUAGUUAUAGUAGUCGUGAUAUAUGCUUGGAUUUUAUAUAUCGGGCUUAAGCCGGCUGUAGCAAACUUUAAAGAAAAUCAAAAAAAUGGACAAAUUAACUAUAAUACAAAUGAACCGAUACAAUAUGAAACGAUAAAAGAGAAUUUAGACAAAUAUGAUGAAAUACCGUGUACACCUUGUGGGAUUAAAGUCAAUGGCGACUUGACCAACAAUUCGCCAAUUCUUACGCCACACAAUAAACUUGCGUACUUGAGGCCCAAUUCGAGUGGUGAAAUUGUGGUGCCCCAUGGCGAGUGGGUGAAAAUGCGCUGUGGUGAUGCUUUUUCAAAACCGUACACCGGGCAGACACUUGAUGCGCAAUGUGCUGGUGGUAAAGAUUUUCGCAUAAACGGUGAAAUAGUCAACUUCGAACAUAUCAACUGCACCACCAUGUCAAUGCCCACACCCAUGCGAACGGGAAGUCCCUGCAAGGGAGGCACCGAAUGGCUGGAUUUCGGCAUCAAAUUUGGCGACUCCUUAUUACCAACAAUGCGUACGUGUUUUGACAGACUUCGCCAAACAACUCCAUACGCCAUACAUACAAUUGAUCCUGCAAGCAUGAAUUUCAAACACGGCGUGAAGAGUAAAAAUACCAGUUCGGGUGAUUUCUUUGAUGACAAAAACGUUGAUAUGUUUUUUGAAAGGAAGCGACAAAUUAAGACACUCACUCGUAUAGUUGGUAGGGUUGCUUCUACUUACAUAACAGAUAAAAAUUACUUGUCCCGUGGACACGUGGUGGCCAAGGCGGACUGCGUGUUCAGUGGCCAACAAAAGGGCACGUACCAUUAUGUGAAUAUGGCGCCACAAUGGCAGUCAUUUAAUAACGGUAACUGGUCGUGUAUAGAGGAUGGAGUGCGCAAAUUUGCUCAUGAUCACAAUACUACUCUACUCUGUUGCACCGGGACCUGGUGUAUAUGCACAUUGCCAGACGUUAACAAUGUGCAACAGGAGAUUUAUUUAAAAUACGAUGAGCAGAAUGAUACUCGUAAAGUACCAGUGCCGAAAUUUUUUUUCAGAAUCGUUAUAGAUGAAUCAACUCGCAGAGGUAUCGCGCUCGUUGGUGUAAAUAACCCUUAUCUGACAAUUGAAGAAGUAGAAAACGGAGGGUAUGUGAUUGCAGAGGAUGUAUCGCACAAUAUUAAUUGGAUUAACUGGGAGCGGAAAAAUAUCGAGAAGGGUUACUGUUAUGCCUGUUCAGUGCCCAAUUUCGUUGCAAUUGUGAAAGAUUUGCCGCUGGAUAUGUUAGAGACAACCGGAAUUUUAGGCUUGGAGGAAUUGCCGAUCUAAGACCGGCAUUAAAUCAAGCGACUUUUCGAAACUAAAAUAAAAUAUAUGUAAAAACAAAUUGAAAAAAUAAAUAUUAAUUUAAUAAUAUUGCAAUAAAUUAUAAAUGUUUUAUGCUAUAUAAAAUACUUACCUUUAUUAUACUUAUUACAAAACGCAUUAUGUAUUACAAUAAUAUAUUACAAUGAAUUAACGAAAUUUUAUACCUAUAUACUAAAUUAUAAUAUUAUAUAUAUAUACAUAAAUAAGGAAUUAUAUUGUAAUAAAAUCCCACUCGCGAACGCACGUUCUUUCUUAA